UAUCUUCUUUCUCAUCCUCUUCUUCCUCUUCUUCCAUGGCGUCUUCUUUUUUCAGAUGGAUAUACAAUGUUUUCGCGAGCUUCAUCGGAGUAGUUUUCCGCAAAUUGUUUUGUAGCCAUGUUGUCAAAGACGAUGAGAUCGAAAUAAUUUCUUCCUCUAGCAGCCGCAGAUACGAUGUUUUUGCGAGCUUCCGUGGAGAAGAGGUCCGCAAAUCGAUCUUCAGCCAUCUUCUCAAGGCACUCGACCGCAAAUCAAUCAAUACGUUCAGAGACCACGGGAUCGAGAGAAGCCUUCAAAUAGCCCCUGAGCUUUUAUCAACAAUAAGAGAAUCAAGAAUCGCAAUCGUCAUCUUCUCUACGAAUUAUGCUUCUUCUACCUGGUGCUUAAAUGAAUUGGUGAAGAUCCACGAGUGUUAUAAGAAAUUGGAUCAAAUGGUUAUACCGGUUUUUUACGACGUUGAGCCUUCUCAUGUUAGAAACCAGGCCGGAGAAUUUGGUAAGGUCUUUAAAGAGACAUGCAAAGGCAAAACAAAGGAUCAGAAACAAAGGUGGAGGCAAGCUCUAGCAGAUGUAGCAGAUAUGGCCGGAGAGGAUCUUCAGAACUGGCCUGAUGAAGCAGCCAUGAUUGAAAAAAUCGCCUUCGAUGUCUUGAAUAAACUUGUUAGUACUCCAACGGAUGAUUUUGGCAGCUUCGUGGGGAUCAGAGCUCAUUUAGAGGCAGUGAAUUCAAUGUUGUGCUUGGAAUCUGAGGAUGCUAGAAUGGUCGGGGUUUUAGGAACUUCAGGGAUUGGUAAGAAUACCAUUGCAAGAGCUCUUUUCAGUCAGCACUCUAGCAAAUACCACUAUCGCGCUUUCAUAACUUUUAAGAGAACCAUCCCAGAUGACUAUGGCAUGAAGUUGUAUUGGGAAAAGAAGUUUCUGUCAAAAAUUCUUGGUCAAGAGGACUUACAGAUAUACCAUUUAGGAACGGUGGAGCGAAGGUUAAAGCACAAGAAAGUUUUUAUCGUUCUUGAUGAUGUUGAUGAUCUGGAGCUACUAAAAACAUUGGUAGGACAAACUGGAUGGUUUGGAUCCGGGAGCAGGAUUAUUGUGAUCACUCAAGAUAGGCAACUCCUCAAGGCUCAUAAGAUUGAUCUUAUAUAUAAAGUGGAGUUCCCAUCUACAGACCUUGCUCUUAAGAUGUUAUGCCGAUCUGCUUUUGAGCAAGACUCCCCACCCCGUGAUUUUAUGGAAGUCACAGUUAAAGUGGCCGAGCUUGCAGGUAAUCUUCCUUUGGGUUUGAGUAUCUUGGGUUCGUCUUUAAGAGGAAGGGAAAAAAAAGAGUGGAUGGAGAUGCUGCCUGAGCUACAAAAUGGUUUGGACGAAAAAAUUGAGAAGAUAUUAAGAGGCAGCUACGAUAGGUUAGAUAAAAAAUGCCAAGAGUUAUUUAUUUACAUCGCAUUUGCAUGCUUAUUCAAUGGUGCACAAGUCAGUUACAUCAAAGACUUGCUUGAAGAUAGGCUUAGCGUUAGGCUUACAAUGUUGGCUGAUAAGUCCUUCAUUCGCAUCACAUCACCAUAUGAAACUAUAGAAAUGCACAAUUUGCUACAGAAGUUGGGCAGAAAAAUUGUUCACGCAGAGUCCAUUGAUAAUCCUGGAAAACGUCGAUUUCUAGUGGAUGCUGAGGAUAUUGUCGAUGUAUUUACCCAUAAUACUGGCACGGAAACUCUGGUAGGAAUAUAUUUCAACACAUCAGAUAUCAAUGAGCCACUUUUCAUAUAUGAAAAGUCGUUCGAAGGCAUGCGUAAUCUCCAGUUUCUAAUAGUUUGCGAUUAUGGCUGGGGACGAAAAAAUGAAGCCAGAUUGUAUCUACCAGAGGGACUCGUUUAUUUGCCCCGUAAACUCAGAUUGCUAUUCUGGAAUAAUUGUCCACUUAAGUGUUUUCCAUCUAAUUUUAAGGCCGAGUUUCUCGUUGAACUCGCAAUGGAGGAUAGUAAGCUGGAGAAGCUGUGGGAAGGAACUCUGGCACUUGGAAGCCUCAAGAAGAUAAAUAUGCGUAAUUCCAGAUAUUUGAAAGAAAUCCCAGAUCUUUCUAAUGCCAGAAACCUGGAGAAAUUAUAUCUUUUUGGAUGCAAAUCUUUGUUGACACUUCAUUCCUCGAUUCAGUAUGUCACUAAAUUGAGGAGGUUAAAUAUGGGGGAAUGCACAAAGCUAGAGAAUGUUCCAACUCAUGUCAACUUGGAAUCCUUAAAGUCUCUGGAGUACCUCAAUCUCAGAGGAUGCUUCCGGUUGAGAAAUUUCCCUCAGAUUUCAUUGUACAAUUCAACCGGUUUCUUUUGGUCGGAAUUAAUAUCAACCAUCAGUUAUCUUGAGCAGGCGUCUUCUUCUUCUCCCAGUCGGAGAUACAAUGUUUUCACGAGCUUCCAUGGACCAGAUGUACGCAGAGAACUCCUCGGCCAUCUUUUGAAGGAGUUCAAUCGCAAAUCUAUCACUUCAUUCAAGGAUCAAGAAAUCGUGAGCAGCCAUACAAUCAGCGCUUCGCUUUCAUCGGCGUUUAGAGAAUCGAGAAUCUCAAUUGUCAUCUUCUCUGAUAACUACGCUUCUUCCUCAUGGUGUUUGGAUGAAUUGGUGGCCAUCCAUGAGUCUUAUAAGACACUGGAUCUAAUGGUGAUUCCGAUUUUCUACAAUGUUGAUCCUUCGGAAGUUCGAAAACAGACCCGAGGAUUUGGAAAGGUUUUUGAAAAGACAUGCGAGGGCAGACCAGAGGAUCAGAAACAAAGGUGGAUGCAAGCUCUCACAGAUAUAGCAAAUGUGACCGGAGAGAAUUCUCAAAACUGGUGUGACGAAGCAACCAUGGUUAGAGAGAUAGCAGACGAUGUUUCAAAUAAAAUUCUCACACCAUCAAAUUGUUUUGACAAAUUGAUCGGACUUGAAGCUCAUAAAGGCAACGAAUUCAAUAUCAGGAAGGGAAGAUGGUAGGAAUUGCUGGACCUUCAGGGAAAUUCGAGAUGAGGCAUGAAGUUGUUGCGAUUCUUGGUCAAAAUGGACAUAAAGAUAGAGCAAUUAGGUUCUUAUCGUUCUGGAUGGUGUUGAUGAUCUAGGUCUGUUAAAGACCUUGGUAGGAGAAACUGUUUGUGCUAGGAAGCAAAACUAUCGUGUGAUUGAUUUCUCAUCUGAAAUAUUUGGCUCUGGCAUAUAUUUGUAGAUAUUUAAUUAUAGAAAAUGUUAAUUUUUUUAAAUUUUGUAAAUUUUAUCUUUAAUUUAGUCGAUAUCAAUAUUUUCAGAAAAAGUAAAUAUGAUUUAAAUUUCUAUUUA